AUACUAUUUUAUACAAAGUACUUAACUAUUGUUAUCGUCUGCUAUUAGAUCAUUCCAUAAAAGUAAAUAAAAUAUAGGUGAUGAAACAAAACAAAACAAAACAAACAAAAAAGCUUUUUAGCCUGAAAUUCUCUUUACCUACGCAAAUAAUUCUUUAGCCAUGCAAAUAAUGCCCUUGUUAUAACAUUGCCAGGUGCUAGUGACGUGACUGACCACAAUGUCUGUCAUGAUGUAAACAGGACCCAACAGGUCCACUAAGUCAGGGGUGACAAAAACAAGAGGCAUUUUGCUGGAGCGUGAUCUCCAUGACCACUUCCUAUUGUUUCGUCCGUGCAAAACUCGGCCGAUCGACCAUGUUUGCAUUUAAUGAAUGCAUUUAAUUAGCACUUUAAACUGAAUUUCUACUAUAGACUACAGGAAGACCUCACCUACAGUGACCUCAUGUACGCGAACAUAUGCGUUUCUUUAACACGAUCGCAUUCAGUUUCUCUUUUAGCAUUAUUAGCAGUUUUAGCAUACUGUACAUUCAUUGGACAGCAACUCCUUUUCACUUCUAACUUCUUACUUUGCAAUCACAAGCACACAAAAGCACCUUCCUACACCUUUCCUACCCGUCUACACUGUAAUGAUAUACAAUUAAAACACAGCGUGUAAUUUAAAGACAUAUUGUUAUAUAUAAAAUUAUUUUAUAUACCAAUAGAAUAGGUUAUUUUUUGUUUGUUUAGAUUUGGUUUUAAUAUAAAUUUAUGCAUAAAUAAAAUAAAUCAUAGAUAGAUCAAUAGAUUGAUAGAUUUGUUUGUGUGUGUGUGUAUAUAUAUGUGUGUGUGUAUUAAUACUAGAAAUUUCAUUCACACACAGAAUGGUUCAGAUCCUGAACACGCCUUCAUGUGGGCGGAAACCUGUUAAGGGGGUGAGACUACAACCGAGAAACCAUGUCCAUUACCAGGAAACAUUUACUUACUUGCUGAAGCUCUUAAGCUGCUUGCAAUUUCAAGAGACAAAUUUGUCCUUUUCUUCACUUCAGCUGCAUACAGAGAAAGGAUCUGUGUCAUGGGAGCUAACAGUAAUGCAAGUUUGGCUCUGUGGUCCUGUGCUCUAGUGGAAGCCCAGGAGUCGACAUGAGAACACUUCUGAAACCGGUGCGUUGUGGAAGAAGAAGGGUAUCGUCGGAUAUGCAAGAGAGCAUCCAAAACGAGGGAAAUUGUUCUCCCUGAACGUAUCGAAGUGAUUGGACCGCACAAUUUGGAGUCCAUGGCACGAUGCAGGUGUAGCGGAAGGGCCUUGUGCCUUUGUCUUCUCCCAUUUCUGAUGAUGAGUCAUCUCUUGGUGUAUAUUAUGGUGACCAUAUUCGUCGCCAUCUCCUACACACCUGAGCCUAAGCCUGUGCCUCUGCCUCUUCAUUUCAUAGCCCCCGGAGCCUCUUCGAACUCCGGAGCUCUUGCAUCACAUCCACUCCAUGCCUUCUGGAACCUACAUUUGGCGGAGGGGGCUUUGUGGAACCGCCUUCAGCACCUCAAAGACAGAGAAAACAAUCCCAUAUUGAGAGCUAACACCACAGGAGGCAGGGGUCCAGCCACUGAAAGUACUAGCGUGCAUGGAAAUGAUGGUUCUCCUUCAUGUAAACCUGAUCAUCUCUGGGCAUCUCAUCUUGCUGAUUUUAACACUAUGCCUGAGCAGAUGAAGGACUUUGUCUUGUCCAUGCAUUGUCGGAACUACACCCUCCUGAUGAACCAGCCUGACCUGUGCAAAGGAAAAGAUACCAAGGCAGGGGCCCCUCUGCUAUUUAUGGCAAUCAAGUCCCAGGUGGGAAACUUUGAGAACAGGCAGGCCAUUAGGGAGACAUGGGGGAGGACAGGCUGGGUACAGGAAGAGGCAGGGGGAGAAAGGUGGCAGGUGUGCAUUGUCUUUCUGCUCGGAAGGCAGGACAUAACGACAGGUCCUCACCCGGACCUUGAGGCACUUUUACAGCUAGAGAGCAGCCUUCAUAAGGACAUCCUGCAAUGGGAUUUCAGAGACACCUUCUUUAACCUCACCUUGAAGGACGUGCUUUUCUGGGAUUGGCUCUCUGUGCACUGCCCACGAGCCCACUUCAUCUUCAAAGGGGAUGACGAUGUUUUUGUUAGGACCGGUGCUCUAUUGGACUACUUGAACGGACAAUAUACUCCUCUACAAGGGACAGCUAAAAAAGCAAGAGACGAUUUGCUUGUAGGAGAUGUGAUUACUAAUGCUUGGCCCAGUCGCCAGCCCACAGCUAAAUAUUACAUACCUGAGAGUUUUUAUAAAGGUGUGUACCCAGCAUAUGCAGGUGGAGGAGGAGUGGUGUACUCUGCCGCCCUGGCCAUGCGACUGCGAGUGGUCUCACAAUGGGUCAGUUUGUUCCCUAUCGAUGAUGUGUACAUGGGGAUGUGUCUCCAAAGACUGGGUGUUUCGCCUAGUCAUCAUCCCGGGUUUUUGACCUUCGAUCUUCCCGAGGCCAACAGAGACAAGCCCUGCGCUUACCGCAAAGUACUACUGGUGCAUAAGCGCAGCCCAAAAGAGAUGCUUAGACUGUGGAGAGACCUAAAGGCUCCACUUGCUGAGUGCUAGUGUAGAGGCAGGGAGGGGGAAUGGAAAGACUUUCUCUGAUUUGUAUAUUAUACACCAGGAAUACAAAAGCCCUGUCUUUUUAAAAACAAGCCAGAUUUGAAUAUCUACCUUCAGGUAUUUUCAUAUGAAUGGAGUGUAAUUAUUUGCAUAAUGAAUAGUUCACUCUGUGGUCAGUUUGUUUUGAUUAUUAACGCUGCUUACUGAAGUCGUUAUGCAUGAGUACUGUGACAUGAUUUGAAAGAUCGAUUUAAUUGUAGUUUUUUCUUUCUUUUUUAUUUUAUUUUAUGGUCCCUAUGUACGGUUUUCAAUUACUUUAUUUUAACUGUAGGUUUCUGCAAAUCUUUUAGUUUAAUAAAAAUGUGUUUAGAUUAUCACAUAAUUAUAAGACAUAAGGCAGGAAGGAGGUUUAGCAUUUUCCAUGUGUUUUAAAGGUUUUAUUUAUAAUAUUAGAAUAUUAUUUAAUAUUGUUCUUCACACUGAGUCAUGGUAAGCUUCCCUGAAAACCGCUGCACUAAUGAAGCAGAAAUCCUGAAACUGCAAUAUCUACAUGGUGCAAUAUCAACCCACUCUUGCCUUUUGUUAUAUACUGUAUCCUAUAUUGGGCAGCAUGGUGGCUUAGUGGCUAGCACUGUUGCCUCACAGCAAGAAGGUCCUGGGUUUGAACAGGCAGGGACCUUUCUGUGUGGAGUUUGCAUAUUCUCUGUGCCUCCGUGGGUUUACUCUGGGUACUCCGGUUUCCUCCCACGGUCCAUUAGGUUGAUUGGUAAUUCUAAAUCGCCCAUAAGAGUGUGUGUGUGGUUGUCUGUCUAUAUGUGUGGCCCUGUGAUGGACUGGUGAUCUGUCCAGGGUGUACCCCUGCCUUUCGCCCAAUGUGUGCUGGGAUAGGCUCCAGCAGAUCCCCGUGACCCUAAUUAGAAAUAAAGCGUGUAUAGAAAACGGAUGGAUGGAUGUAUCCUAUAUUGUACAGCAAGCUUUUAUAUAAUAACUAAAAGUUCUCAGACUAACAUAAUAUAUAUUUUAAUAAAAAAUCCAAUUCACCAAAAUCUGUUUUUCUUUUUGGUAGUAAGACUCAUAUGAUGUUCCAAGAAGUCCAGAACAGCCAUAAAGAAACCAUUAUAGACCUCUUCAUUUCAAUCAGUUCAACACUGUUUAAGUUUAAUUCGUAAAGUGUUUACACUGUGGGUUUUACAAUAUUAUUUUUUUAUCUUUCUGAAAAUUUGCAUGGAUUUGCAUUUUGUGUAAUAUGUUAUCAUAAAUGAUCCAAAAUAUAUAUAUUUUUCUAUUAGAUUGCUUCUACGAAUCAAUAAAGCACUUUGGCCAUCUUAUCCACUAGCUCCAUAACCUUAUUUUUUCUUUUUUUUAAAUAGAUUAAUAAUUUUGUGAAAUAGAUCAUAUAGAUCCAUGCUGUGUUGUUUGUGUUCAGUGAUAUUCUUUAAGGCCUAGAUUCAAUAAACAGAGCAUCUUGAAAUAAAGUCUUGUUUCUUCACUUCAAUUCUUUUUAUUAUUAUUUUUUAAUAGUUUUAUUUAAUUAGAAAGCCUGGUUAUUUGUCCUGGAUUUUGAUUGGUGUUCUGUAUGUGAUGUAUC